AGGUGCCAGCACCUCCAUUCUGAGCGCGGCAGCGGCUGCAACGCCAGCAAGCUCGCAGCCAGCAGCCUCGCCCGCUCCCCGCCUCAGCCUCCAAACGUCCAGAUCCACGUCUUCUCUCAAGCCGGGAGAGACAGGGAGGAAAGGAGGGGGGAGGAGGAGGAGAAGGAGGGAAGUGGGGAUAGGGGGAAAAAACCCGGCAACUUAGCGGGAACUUCUCAGAGAAUGGUCCACAACUCCGCCGUGUUGCUGGUGCUGGUGAUCGGCGCUUCUGCAGCCACCGACUCGGAGCAGAAUGACUCGGUGAGCCCCAGGAAGCCCCGGGGGGCGGCUCACAGCUCAGCUGAAGUGAUCCGAUGCCUCAACAGCGCUCUGCAGGUGGGCUGUGGGGCUUUCGCGUGUCUGGAAAACACUACCUGUGAUACAGAUGGAAUGUAUGACAUCUGCAAAUCCUUCCUGUACAGUGCCGCAAAAUUUGAUACUCAGGGAAAGGCCUUCGUCAAAGAAAGUCUGAAGUGUAUCGCCAAUGGCAUUACCUCCAAGAUCUUCACGGCCAUUCGGAGAUGUUCCACAUUCCAGAGGAUGAUCUCCGAUGUACAAGAGGAUUGUUACCACAAGCUGGACAUAUGCGGUGUGGCCAAGAAGAACCCCGAAGCCGUAUCUGAAGUGGUCCAGCUGCCCAAUCAGUAUUCCAACAGAUACUACAACAAGCUUGUUCGUAGCCUGUUGGAAUGUGAUGAUGAGACAGUGACCAGAAUCAAAGACAGCCUGAUGAAGAAAAUCGGCCCCAACAUGGCCAGCCUCUUCCAUCUGCUACAGACGGACCACUGCGCCCAAACGCCACCUCGGGCUGACUUCAGCAGGAGGCGAAUGGCAGAGCCUCAGAAGCUAAAAAUCUUCUUCAGGAACCUCCGAGGUGAGGAUUCUGCUGCCUCCCACAUCAAAGGCACAUCGGCCGAGAGUGCAUAACAGAGGCGGGGGCGUUCACACCCCUGCCAAGAUAGUUUCAUUUUAGGGGAGAUAAUGUGCCCAUCUUGAGUGUACUGCGCCUGGUUUAAUUUUUUUUUAAACGUUUUUAUUUCAAAGUAGUUCCUAUUAUCUGUCUUCCUUUUCCUCCCACCCCCACCUCCCCACCACCACCCCAUCCCUUAUAGACUGCAUGGAACUAGCUUCUGUAUCCAGUGUCCUGUCAUUGCGAUGGCAAUGUCCCCAAGAACUGAACAGAUGUGACCCUACUGCAUCUUCCCCAGUGGAAACGACCCUUGUCCAUGCCCUCCCCCAAACGGCCCUCCGACCCCAUCCCUCCGCGCUGUCCCUGAACCACCAGGGUUUUGAAGACGUGGAGCCCUUUAGCAUAGUUACCCCAUGGAGUUAGCCGCUAGGGAACCACUGGAGGUUUAACUGCGCAUAUCAACCGCGCCGAGAGACGCCGAUGGAGUUCGUGUUAUGAAUCUGUGCUGGCCAUGGACGAAUAUGAAUGCUCUGCUUUGUGGGUCCCUGGUGAAGUAGCAGCGUGCGAUCGCGAUCCCUCCAAUGUCGCCUUUCCUUUUGUAUUCGGGGCUCACUACUAAAGUGCUCGUGCCUCAUUCUCCAGCCUGUCACGUUGUGCUUUUCGAUAGAGAAUCAAACUUCUAUCUCCAUGUACUGUAACUGCUCAGAGCUUUAAAAGUCUCUUUAACACUUGUCUUAAAAACUAGCCUAUCUUAAGGUCUAACUGUGGAAUGUAAAGAGCUGAGGACUCACAUACUGUAGAUAAACGCCCAAGAAAGCUGCUUAGACCGAGCAGCAAAUAAUAAUAACUUUAUUGCCUAGAGAUUUAGCCUCAUGACAUAGCUUUGUUUUUCUCUUUCUGGGAAUAGGGUAGCUUCUCUCAUGACUAGAAGUACAUAUACAUGCUCUUGUGGCCUUUUUAAUCUUUAAGUAUAAUUAAAAGGAUAGAUGUCACUUCCCUCUGCAUCAGAAUCUGAGGUGGGCCUCUAUUCGUUUUGGGUCAGGGAAACCAGCGGGCAUUUCUGAUGAAGCCCAGCUGAGGAGCUGACCUCUUGGUCGACCACCUCAAAUCUGCGGCUGCUUACUGUUCCCUUAAAUCUGGCUAGGAAGUAGCUCUAUAUCACACGUGGGAAACGGAGUUCCCAGAGCAGUCUGUUCCGUAUCUUAGGAAUUGUAACUUCUUGGCAGGCCACCCCUCCAUGGCAAAAAAGGAUGGUGAGAAAAUGAGACAGGUAGCUCACCAUUCCCUCUUUUGAAGGGCAAGGGGUUGAGGGAGGUCAAAUAAUCCUGGGCCAUCCAGCCUUAAUAGAAAUCUCCAGUAUUUUAUGUUUUCUGGGCUUUAUCAUGUUGCUGACCAUCAUUAAAUGGCCGGCUGGGGAUGGCAUUGCAGCUUUUCGAGGAGAGAAAGACAGAGACAGAGACGAAAAUCCCCCCCACCCCACCACACCCCAGAGCUGGGGGUUUCAUCAGCUUACUCAUAAGGCCUCAGUAUCACGAGUAACUUCUCGAUAUACGUCCAAAAGUUUCUCAAGGUCACUGUCCUUGGCCUUGGUGGUCCCUCCCAGGCAAUGCUGCCCACCAGAAGUCAAGCCUUCUAAACUUACUUAGAUAGAAACUAUUGGUGCUUCAUUCUCCCUGAAAUAUAGGCAGGAGGUGACCCCAUCCUGUAGAUUCCCAGAGAGAGAAGGGAUGAGGGCAGAGUAGGUCUCUAGCUAAAGAGGAAGCAAUACAACCAACCUUACCACAAAGCCUUUAAACCAAUCACUUGCUGCCAAGGUACCCAAAGCAGCUGUGUGAAUGUUACUGCCCCCCUCCUCCCCCUAAGCCUGCCCCCCCAUGAAGCCCAUCCUCGGGGCAUUCAGCAGUGAGCUGAGCCUAUGGACCUGAAGGGUCACCUGCAGCUCUCCACUCCCAAAGAAAUGGGCACCAUGUCAUCUUGUUGGGCAUUGGGUGAACCAUAGUCUGGGGCCCCCUUUAUCAGGUAGGGUCGAUGACUUCUCUAAACAAGAAAAGCUAAUGGCUUGUGUGUCCUUAUCCACAUUAGCCAUCCCACUGAGCUAGGAUCCCUGUUGGGGUUUCAGCAAAAUUACCGGGGAAUGUCUUACAUCAGUCAUGGGAAUUCUUUCUUUUUGCUGUGGUUCCUUCACACCCCUCUAAAGUAUAUAUACAUAUAUGUAUAUGUGUGUGUAUAUAUGUAUAUAUACAUAUGUGUACAUAUAUAAUUUAUGUAUUUAUGGAAAGAAGCAAUUCUUACUUGUCAAUUUUCUUUUUUUUUUUUGCUUCUCCCCUCCCUUCCCACUCCUUCUCCCCAUCGCCUCCCUACCUACUGUUCCAAAGUUUUUGUCUUGAAUUCCCUGCCCAGAGUGAUUUGGGGGCAGAUCUCCACCUGUCUGCAUGAUUCUUCUCUUGUGAUCUGGUUGCACUUUAGAAAAUUUUGUGCCAUUAUAUUUGCAUUAAUGUAUUUAUAAUUUAAAUGAUAUUUAGGGGGUUGGGGCUGAGUACUGGAAUAAACAGUGAGCAUAUCUGGCAUAUGUCAUUAUUUAUUGUUGAAUUACAUUUUAAGCUCCAUGUGCAUAUAAAGGUUAUUAAACAUAUCAUGGUAAUGAGAGAUUCAAGUUAUUUUCUUUGCUUAUUUUUAUAAUUAAAAGAUACCAUAGCAUAAUAUGAAGUGAAUUCCUUCUGAGACAAAAAAAUAAAGUGUUAAGUUUUA